GAGCUCCCGGGCCUGCGCUUCCCUGGUGGUGCUGAGCUACCCAGAGCUCGAGGUGGUAUAUGAGGACAGCCGCAUGGUUCGCCUGAAGGCCCCCUAUGUGUCAGGCUUCCUGGCUUUCCGAGAGGUACCCUUCCUGGUGGAGUUGGUACAGCGGCUGCAGGAGAAGGAACCAGACUUCAUGCCCCAGGUCCUUCUUGUGGAUGGAAACGGGGUACUUCACCAACGAGGCUUUGGAGUGGCCUGCCACCUUGGUGUCCUUACAGAUCUGCCCUGCAUUGGGGUAGCAAAGAAGCUCCUGCAGGUGGACGGGCUAGAGAACAAUUCCCUGCACAAGGAGAAGAUUGUACUCCUUCAGGCUGGGGGAGACACGUUUCCUCUGAUGGGCAAUUCUGGUACUGUCCUGGGAAUGGACAUCCUCAGAAUCUCCGCCCUGAGACUGGUCCUGCUCCACAGGAAUGCACCCCAGCCAUGCUUGACCUCCCUCCACCCACAGGCGCUGAAGAGCCAUGACCGCAGCACCAAGCCCCUCUAUGUCUCUGUGGGCCACAGAAUAAGCCUGGAGGUCGCUGUGCGUCUGACCCACCACUGCUGUAGGUUCCGGAUCCCAGAGCCCAUACGCCAGGCUGACAUCCGCUCCCGAGAGUGCAUCCGAAGGACUCUAGGACACCCUGGGUCUCAAGCACAAAGGCAGGAGAGGAGCCAGAAGGAGCAGGGGCCAAAGGCAUGCCCCAAAGGUAGCCCAGGAUCACCUGCCGACCAAGGCAGGCCCUCCAAGGACUGUGACAGAGGCCCCAGCAUGGACCCCAAAGAUCCCCAGCCAGGCUUCCAGGAGCAGCUGAAAGCUCAGCAGUCAGAAGGAACUGGGCAUCAUGAAGACUCAGACCUCUGGCCUCCUCCAGCGUGGUUACAGUCGCCACCCUGAGAAGAUGAUCUCUAGGAGCUGUGGGAACCUCACCCACAGCCACAGGUCGAGCACCAGGCCCCCCUGCCAGAGGCAACAGCAGCCGAAUCCCCAAAGGACGCAGCAGGCAUAGUCUGCCUUGGGCCAUGGCUGCCCAGCCGCCUCCAUCACUAGCUGGUCAGUGUGGUCACCAUGCUCCCGCAGGACAACAUUUCAGACCAGGAAACACACACAGAGUAUACAGGAGCUCCAGGUACCCAGAGGUCCUGAGAUUGUCCUGAGCCUGUGCCAGCACCUGCAGCUCUGACCGUCCCCCUGGAAUACAGACCUGAUUCUGACUUGGCUCUGACUUCCAUCGCCAUCCUGGCCACAGACCGUCCUUCAGUAGGCAUAGCCAGACUGCAACCCACAAGGUGCCUGUCCUUAAGCCUGGUGCUGAGCUUGAGGGACCUGCAGUGGGAAAGCCUCAAGCCUGGAGCAGGCUCAGGAGUGGGUGUUGGGGAGUCAGCUCCACAGAGGGUGCCAGAUGGGAAGCCCGUUGAGGCCCACGGUGAGAAAGCCCCAGGCUCAGCUCCUCACUCCUCUUCCUGCCACCCUCUCACAGAGGGAGCGUCAAAACUCCAUCCCACCAAGAAAGCAGGUCUGUUCCUAGGCCGGGCCUGGAGUGGAGGCUGACGAGAAGCUCAGCUCCAGCACCCUGUUCCCCCACACACACUCUCCAGGUUCACUAGAGUGGCAGCUGAGGUGGGACACAGAGGUGACAUACCUGUAACAUGUCCUCUGCCUGCAUCCUAAUCCCCAGACUUCCUGGAGGAGAGGUGGUGGGCUAGACUAGCUGCCAAAUCCUACACCCGUGGGGGGUCAGUGGUGGAGGAAGGACAGCAGGGCUAGCUCUCCUGUCACAGCCAGUCCCAUUUAGAUUCAGCUGGGCCGCUGAGUCUCCCUUCUAAGCCAGGUAGUAGUGACUGUCAAGAUCCCUUGGGGGUAGGGCUGCUGGUUCCCACUCCCUGGGAUUUUGGUUUGGGACAUUGGGGAAGAUACAUGUGGUCCUGUCACCCAGUCAGUUCCCAGUAAAUUAGGUGUGUGGCAGAGAGAGGCAACCUCCCCACCACACACCUGAUGUAAGAGCCUCAGGGACACCCAUGGUGUCUGAGCAGGAAGUUAAUCCCUAUAUUGCCCACAUCCCCCACCUUCUUUAGGGGGCCUGUGGGAAGGGAAGUGUAUGCUUAACCAGGGAAUCCCCCCAGCUGUGGCCUCACUCUACCUACUGCUGAGUCAGAGUCCCAGGCUAGUAGUGCCCCGGACUGGCAGGUUUCCAAGAGGUGCAGCCCCCACUGGCCCUCCCCUAUCACAAACACUGUACACACACAUGCUUGCACACUCACACAUACACGCAUGCACAUACACUCGUUCCCUGGCUUUCCUGUGCAAGCCAAGAGCUGGAGAGCCUGCAGCUGGUCCCACCGUCUGUCUUCCUGAUCUCUCCCUCCUCAAGCCUUGUCAAGACAGAGUUGUGGAGGGGAGUUUUUUUUUUGGGGGGGGGAGUUGUAAACAAAAGGUUGGGGUUAAACUGUAGUGGCCAGAGUCCUCAUGAAGAGCUUAGAUGUCGAGUGGGGAACAAGGCCUGGCCAGCCUCCCAUGCAGCUGGAAGGUGCCACAGGACGGGUGGGUGAGGGCUUCACACAGGGUCCAACACACAGCAUCCUCGGGUGAGGAAAAGCUGUUAGCUUAGAGAAGCUGGCCCCAGAGGCCAAGGCCAUCAGUCUUUAAGGCCAGCCUUAACAGAUAACGAGAAAAACAACUUUAAAGAGUCCUCAAUCCACACCUCACUUGAGGAGGCAGUUCCUCCCACUCCUGUGAGCCACCAGAGUGUGGCUGGGAACCCAGCCUGGCCACCCCUCUGUCUCAUCUGUUCCACUCCAGCAAGAGACCUUCCCGGGGACACACAGAAGUCACACACCUGCCCAGGACCCUGACACCACUCAGGCCCUCUUCUCGGUCACGGUGGCCAUUUUCCCGGGGAGGGUGGCUCUCCAGGCUGCCAGUGCAAACACACAGUGAGGUGCAGGGCAGAGCCUAGGUAACUUUUGUGUGCUUUGUUCUGAGAGAAGAUCCUUUUGGCUCAGUCAUUAAAUACAGCUUGUUGACUUCUGCAAUAUUCAGUCCGGGUGUGCGCAGCUGUCUGUGUGGGCCCAGCCAGUGGGGAGCUUGAGACCGGAGGACCACCAGCCUGACCACACAGGCCAACAAAAAGAGGAUUCUUUGUCUCAUG